UCGAUCAUCACCCAGAUGAUGCGAGUGGCCGAGUACCUGGACUGGGACGUCACGGAGCUCAAACCCGUGAAUCCUCAGGAGAUGAUGAAGGAGAUCGACUAUGAUGAUAGCGGGACGGUGUCGCUCGAGUGGCUGCGAGGGGGGGUCACCACCAUCCCCCUGCUGGUGCUGCUGGGCCUGGAAGUGAACAUGAAGGACGAUGGGCAGCACAUGUGGCGGCUGAAACACUUUAACCGGCCCGUCUAUUAAGUCUGCGAGACCCCCCUGCUCGGGCUGCGCACAGGCCUGUGCUGCACCUUCUGCAAGUUCACGGCCCACGAGCGCUGCGCCCGCCGGGCGCCCCUCAGCUGCAUCAGCACCUAUGCCAAGUCCCGCAAGGACACCAGCGCGCAGAGCCACGUGUGGGUGAAGGGCGGCUGCGAGGCCAGCAAGUGCGACAAGUGUCAGAAGAAGAUCAAGAGUUUCCAGAGCCUGACAGGGCUUCACUGCGUCUGGUGCCACCUCAAGAUCCAUGAGGAGUGCCAGCCCAGCGUGCCCCUGACCUGCGACUGCGGGGCCCUGCGGGACCACAUCCUGCCCCCUUCGGCCAUCUACCCCGUGGUGCUGGAGAGGCAAAACAGCCAGAAGAACGACGGCGGGACCCCGGUGGAGGAGACGCCACAGGCCUGCACCACGCCCGAGGGCCAGGCACUGCGGAUCAUCCCAGUACCCGACACCCACCCCCUCCUGGUCUUCGUCAACCCCAAGAGCGGCGGGAAACAGGGGGAGAGGGUGCUCCGGAAGCUCCAGUAUCUCCUCAACCCACGGCAGGUUUACAACCUGAUGAAGGGGGGCCCGGCCCCCGGGCUGAACUUUUUCCGGGACGUGCCAGAUUUCCGGAUCCUGGUGUGCGGGGGGGACGGCACCGUGGGGUGGAUCCUGGACGCCAUCGAUAAAGCCAACCUGCCCCGGUGCCCCCCGGUGGCCGUGCUCCCGCUGGGCACCGGUAACGACCUGGCGCGGUGCCUGCGCUGGGGAGGAGGCUACGACGGGGAGAACCUGGGGAAGAUCCUGAAGGACAUCGAGAGCAGCAGCAUCCUGCCCAUGGACCGGUGGCUGGUGCAUGUGACCCCCGAGAACCCCGUGGAGAAGGGAGACCCCGUCCCCUACGAGAUCAUCAACAACUACUUCUCCAUCGGCGUGGACGCCUCCAUCGCUCACCGCUUCCACCUCAUGAGGGAGAAGUACCCCGAGAAAUUCAACAGCAGGAUGAAGAACAAACUCUGGUAUUUUGAAUUUGCCACGUCCGAGACCAUCUUCGCCACCUGCAAAAAGCUGAAGGAAUAUCUGACCAUUGAGUGCUGCGGGCAUCCCCUGGACCUGAGUGGAGCCCUCUCGGGGGUCGCCGUCCUCAACAUCCCCAGCAUGCACGGUGGCUCCAACCUCUGGGGCGAGACCAAGAAGCCGCUGGGCGAGGCCCGGAACGUGGGCGGGGGGAGCCAGCCCCAGGCCGUCACGGACCCGGAGACGCUCAAGACCUGCGUGCAAGACCUGAGCGACAGGCGGCUGGAAGUGGUGGGGCUGGAGGGCGUGAUCGAGAUGGGGCAGAUCUACACGGGGCUGAAGAGUGCAGGAAAGCGGCUGGCCAAGUGCUCGGAGAUCACGCUGCGGACCCUGAAGUGCCUGCCCAUGCAGAUCGACGGGGAGCCCUGGAUGCAGCCACCCUGCACGAUCAGGAUCACCCACAAGAACCAGGCACGGAUGCUCCUGGCCCCGCCCCCCCGCUCCUCCAGCUUCUUCGGCAUCAAGAAGGGACCCCAUGAGUCGUAGGGGGGGCCCAGCUGGGGGACAAGGACCCCGCUUGCCAGCCCGGGGCGUCCGUGGUAGCGAGCGGGGCCGGGCAGGGGCCUUGGUCUGUCCCCCGCUGCGGUGCGCUGUCCCCCGCUGCCCACCCUCCUCUCUGCUGUUUCUGCCCCGUGAUGGAGGCAAGGGGGGCGUAUGUACCUGUCCCUCGUGUGCAUCUCUGGCCCCUGCGGGGAGUAGGGGGCAGCAGCGCGCUGGGCCCCUGCAUACCCUACAUUCCAGCCCCUAUUUAUUGCCCCCACAGUCCAACACUCCCUCCCCCUUGAGAUUUCAAGUGCCUCAUCUUACUAAUAAAGGUCGGAGUUUUUGUUCU